AUGACAACCAACACACCAUCCGAGACUCCAACAAUGACUCCAGCAACACCAGCACGUGCCAAUGCACUCCUAUCAAACCUAACAGCCGUGCUCACUCGCGUGCGCACCGCCGUCCUCCAAUCCCCAAUUCCCAACAAACCAAUCCGACUCGUCGCGGUCUCCAAGCUCAAGCCCGCAUCCGACGCACUGGCACUGCACCAAGCCCCAGGAUCACAACUCCACUUCGGCGAGAACUACCUUCAAGAACUACUCGAGAAAUCGCGGCUGCUGCCUGCAAGCAUCAAAUGGCAUUUCAUCGGCGGGCUGCAGAGCAACAAGUGUGUGACGCUUGCGCGGGACGUGCGCGGGCUGUGGGCUGUCGAGAGUGUGGACUCGGAGAAGAAGGCGAAGUUGCUAGAUAAGGGCUGGGGAGAGAGGGGUCCUGAGAUGGCAGCUACAAACCAUGACGAAGAUGGGAGGUUGCGCAUCUAUGUUCAGAUUAAUACGUCUGGCGAAGAGAAUAAAGCUGGUAUUGAGCCUGCUAAGGCGGCGGCGCUUUGUCGAUAUGUUCGUGAGCAGUGUCCUCGGCUUAAGUUGCAGGGUUUCAUGACUAUUGGGGCUAUUGCGAGAUCGCGGGCGACGACGGUGGAAAAUGAGAAUGAGGAUUUUGUUUGUCUGAAGGAGACGAGGGAUCGAGUUGUUAAGGAGCUUGGGUUGGUUGGGGAUGAGGCUGGGUUGGAGCUUAGUAUGGGCAUGAGCUCUGAUUUCGAGGGGGCAAUUGCUCUUGGUAGUGAUCAGGUUAGGGUUGGGACUACGAUCUUUGGAGAUCGGCCGCCAAAGGCGGAGGCGAGUGUUGUUUGA